GCGCGCCAACCUGGCAUCCUCCUCGUUGCCCAUCGCUCGAUACAGUGUGGUGAUAUCAUCAUUCUCUAGGGCUUUCAGGACUCGGGGCUUGUCGGCGAUUCCUGCUUCGAAACCUUUUGGAUUAAUUCGCAGCGGGGAUGCUUCCACAAAAAUGUUCUGACACGGAAUAGGCCCGGAGAGCUUCUCUCGUGUCCUGUAUUCAAAGUUAUUCAUUGAUGGAUGGUGAAAACAAUGAACUUAUAGACUUUGACCAUUCCGUGGAAUCAUGGGCAGUCCUCCAGCACCAUUUUCAGAUAUCGGCAAAAAGGCCAGAGACCUCUUGACUAAAGAUUACAACUUCGAUCACAAGUUUACCCUAUCACUACCGAACUCCAAUGGAAUGGGACUAACUGCUACAGGAUUGAAGCGGGAUCAAAUUUUUAUUGGUGAUAUCAGUUCUCUGUACAAGAGUGGAAAGACAACCGUGGAUGUGAAAAUUGAUACUUAUUCAAAUGUUUCUACAAAAGUGACCGUGACUGAUAUCUUACCAACUACCAAGGCCACGUUUAGCUUCAGAAUACCUGACCAUAAGUCUGGCAAGUUGGAUCUUCAGUACUUCCAUCCUCAUGCAGCCAUUGAUUCCAGUAUUGGUCUCCACCCCAGUCCACUUUUGGAAUUUUCAGCUGCAAUAGGUAGUAAGAAUUUUAGUUUAGGUGGUGAUGUGGGAUUUGAUACUACUUCUGCUUCAUUCACAAAGUACAAUGCUGGAAUCAGCUUGAAUAAGCCAGACUUUUCUGCGGCUCUUAUACUAACCGACAGAGGACGGGCUCUGAAGGCAUCUUAUAUUCAUUCAUUGGAUCCCCUUAAUGAGACUAUGGUAGCUGCCGAAAUGACCCACAGGUUCUCCACCUUAGAAAACUCCUUUACCAUCGGAAGUUCUCAUGUCCUGGAUCCAGUUACGCUUAUAAAAACACGUUUCUCCGACAAAGGAAAAGCUGCUAUGCUUUACCAGCGAGAAUGGAGGCCUAAAUCUCUGGUAACCCUGUCAGCUGAGUACGACCCGAAAGCUAUCGAUUCAUCUCCCAAGCUAGGCCUGGCUAUUGCUCUGAAGCCUUGAUCUGAGGAACCAGCAAGGUCAUUUCAAUGAAUUGAACAUCCAUAACUUUGGUCUCAUUAUGAUUUUCCAUAAGUAUUCAUUAUGGAAUUUCACAAUUUGUGUUUGGAAGAGGAGGUUUUCUUCCGUGUAUUCAUGAGAUAUUAUUUCGAGACAUAACUAGGAUUAGAGGAACCAAUUUUGGCAACAAAAAAAAAAAGAAAAAAAGAAAAAAAAGGAUAUUGAGGGAUCCACAUUUUGCUUGCAAGUCCCAUCUUGCCAUUCACUUUGAUAUUGCAUAAGUGCUAAAGAGACCGACAGUCCUCUCCACCUUGAGGUUGCUUCAGAAUCUCUAAAUUUCAUUAAAUUCUGUAUUAUUCUUGUAUUGUUCAAAUUUCAUUUUCUAGUGUCGGGAAUAAUGUGAACAUUGAAUGUGUUCAUCUGCUUCUUCCUCUGUAUAAUUGUACACUCCUCGACACAUCACUAUGAAUGUUUUUCUUGGUCUCCA